AACCUUUUUCUACGCCUUUCUUCACUUACAACUUGUUCGAUGUUUAACACUGGGAUACUAUAUAUAAACCCUUCCAACUCACAUUACCCCUCUCUCUCUCUCUCUAGUUUCAUAAUAUAGUUUGAAUGUCACUGGCAAUCAAUUGAAGUUUCUGAUUUCAGGAAGCACACAUACACGCUUGGAGGAACCUAUAUGUUUUGUCCUAUUUGAAAAUCAACAAUCUUACAAGUUUGGAAUCUACGAGUAAAUAUUUGGUCUGCAUGUUGUAAUUGGCAGCAUUUUUUCUGAAUUGCGACAAAGUGUAGUGAUAUUGAUUACAGGCUUACAGUCGACUUCAGUUACAUAUAUUCCAUAAUUGAGACCUGUAUUGACAGAAAGUAACCAGAAAAGGACAGUUGCAGUGUUCUGGGGAAGCAGACAACUUUCUAAUUGGAAAGAUUGCUCGGGAAGUAAAUAUGUCUGAGCCAGAUUCUGAUGUUGUUCGCUGGGGUCUUCAUUUUCUUGAUGUUGAUCAAAUAUUUAAUUCUAAUUAUGAUGGUGACAACAGUCAAGGUGAUGGGAGCAUCUGUCAUGACCAGUACACCAGAGAUAAUAAUUAUGAUACAGAGUGUAGCAAUGUUGAGAACGAUGAGAUUAUUGCACAUGCUCUUCAAGAAGAAUUAUCCCAACUAUCAAUAGAGGAGGCAUCUGAAUCUUCACAUGCAGGGGAGGAGCACUUGCAAGCAUCUACCAUUGCUCCCGAUUGGCUUAGUCCAUCGUCGAGGAACCAUUAUUCUGGCUAUGAGGGUGGCCAGGCAGAGGCAGAGGCAGAGGAUAUGGGACCCUCAAGUUCAUGUUCUAGCCCUGGAGGCAAAUCAUAUGAUGGGGAGGAGUAUUCCUAUAAUCUGGAGAUAGCAGAUGACUCUGCCCUGGAUGGAGAAGUAGGCAAGAGGUUGCACGAAAUUAUUCCUGUUCCUCACGUUCCUAGAAUUAAUGGUGAAAUACCUACAAUUGAUGAAGCAACUUCUGAUCAUCAAAGGCUGCUAGAUAGAUUGCAAUUGUAUGACUUGGUUGAGCAUAAGAUUAAAGGAGAUGGCAAUUGUCAGUUUCGUGCUUUAUCAGAUCAAUUCUAUCGCACCUCAAAGCUGCACAGAUAUGUGAGAAAACAAGUAGUUAAUCAGCUUAAGUCUCAUCGCGAGAUGUAUGAGGGAUAUGUUCCCAUGGAAUAUGGUGACUAUUUGAAGAAGAUGUCCAAGAGUGGUGAAUGGGGAGAUCACGUGACAUUGCAGGCAGCUGCGGAUUCGUAUGGUGUAAAAAUUUUUGUCGUCACUUCAUUUAAAGAUACCUGUUCCAUUGAGAUUCUUCCAAAGGUCCAAAAUUCCAACCGGGUCAUUUUCUUGAGCUUUUGGGCGGAGGUGCACUACAACUCUAUCUAUCCUCAAGGAGGAUUACUGCCAUCCGAUUCUAAGAGGAAGAAAAGGUGGUGGCGGCCUUUCGGACAUAGGCAUUAGAAGCUUUCUGGCUUGUGCUAACCAUGCAUACUACUGCACUCAUCCUUGGCUGGUCAGUCUCCUGGUGUUUUAUAUGUAUUUAUUUUAGUCCACAACUUACUAAUGUAAAUGAUCCACAAAUUAUACAUAUUCUUUUAUAUUUUUAUUUUUCAUUGUUUUGAAGGUAUAGUACCUGUUUAUGCAUGUAGUUAAAAAAAUUUCCCCCUUCAAUUUUUUUUUUUUUUUUGAAAAUUUGCCCUUUACUUCAUGCUUACGACAUUGUGAAACUUUUUAAUUUAGGAUUUGGAAAAGAAUUUUGAUAUACUUGAAAAUAAUGUAAUGUACUAGAAUAAAGAUCAAAAAAUUUCAUGGAA